GGGACGGCCCGAGGCCGAGGACCGAGGUUGCCCCCCCCCCCCCCCGCCCCGGGGCCGCCCGGGGCCACCGACCCCAUAGAGACCCCGUGGGGCCCCCUCCGGCCCUGGGGCCCCCCCCGUAGCUCCAUUGGGCCCCCAGGCCUGGGACCCCCCCCCCCCCCGGGAGACCUCCACAGGGACCCCCGUAGGGCCCCCCCAGCCCUGGGACCCCCCCCGGAAGACCUCCAUAGGGACCCACAUGGCGCCCACCCACCCCUGGGGCCCUCCCUCCCCCAGGGAGACUUCCAUAGAGCCCCCGUGGGGCCCCCGCCAUUGGGACACCCCUUUCCCCUUGCAGGGACCCCCCAUAGGGCCCUGGGACCCCCCCUCGCCCCCCCAGGCCUGAGAUUCCCCCCAGGGAGGCCUCUGUAGGGUCCUGGGACCCCACCCCCCCCCCCCCCCGGCACCUCCAUAGAGCCACCAGGCUUGGGACCACCCCAGGGAGACCCCAAGGUACCCCCCAACCCUGGGACCCCCCCCCCUCAUCCAGAGACCUCCAUAGAGCCACCGUAGGGCCCCCCACCCUUGGGACCCCCAUAGGGCCCCUUGUCGCUGGGACCCCCCCCCACCCACAUAGGGGGUCCUGGGACCCCCACAGGGCCUUGGGACCCCCCCUCACCCGCACAGAGGCCCCACUGGGACACCCCAGCCUACAGAUGUGGGGGGUCGGGGUGCUGCGCAGGGGGCUGGUGGGUGCUGGGGGGCGCUCAGCCCCCCCCAUGGUGCCCCCCAGCAGCGGGCCAUGAGGCGGCGGGGGGAGCGGGCGCCCAGGGAGAAGGCGGCAGCGGCCGCGGAGGAGGAGACGAAGAGCGCGGCGAGGAAGGCCGAGCAGGGCGCGGAGGAGUACCAGUGCACCGGCCUCCUGGAGCAGGACUUCCCCGAGCUCUGCGCCCGGGCUGGCAUCGCUGCUGUCCCCAAAGUCACCCUCCGGCCGCCCCCAAGCUUCCCUGCGGAUGAGGAGCCUGCCGAGCCGACGCUGGCGGAGGUCCUGGCCCGCAUCGCGUCCAAGUACAGCUACUUCCAGCCCUGCGUCCAGGUGGAGAGGGAGCACGAGGACCCCCGCAGCGUCCGCGCCGUCUUCCUGCGAGGCUGGAAGAUCGAGGAGGAGAUGCUGGGGGUCCUGAGCCAGUGCCUGCCCGCCCUGGCCGGCCUGCAGGCAGUGCACCUCUGGAAGGUCGGGCUGACGGAGCGGCUGCUCCCGGCGCUGGCAACGCUGCUGGCACGCUGCCCCCGCCUCCGGAUGCUCAGCCUGGAGGGGAACCCCUUGCCCGAGCCCGCCUUCCACAUCCUGAUGGGGAGCGACAGCACGCUGGCCCACCUCUCGCUGCGCAACAACAGCAUCGGCGACGCGGCCGCCCGGCUCAUCGGACAGAGCCUUUCCACCCCGAGCUGCUCCAACCGCAGCCUCGUCUCGCUCGUCCUCAGCUUCAACCGCAUCUCGGACCUGGGAGCUGGCUACAUCGCCCAGGGUUUGCGCUUGAACCGCUCCCUGCUCUCCCUGUCCCUGGCAAACAACGACAUCGGCGACGCGGGGGCCGUCAAGCUCGCUGAGGUCCUGGGGCCGUUCGCGCUGACGCACGCCGAAGUGGUGGAGCAGAGGCGGCUGCUCUUGGCGGAGGCGCUGGGCCGGUCUCGCAUGACCCCAAAAGAGACCGAGGGCCAGAGCGAGCGUCCCUCCAGCCUGCGCGGCAGCGCGGCCCCCGACAAGCUGCCCCCGGCCAAGCACGGCAAAGCCCCCGCCAAGAAGAAGGAGCCGCUGCGGAAGGAGGAGGCCAGGCAGCCCAAGAAGCCGCCGGAGCCGAGAGCCGCCCGCAGCAGAGAUGCAAAACUGAGCGGCCAGGAGAAGCUGAGCAUGGAGGCACCGGAUCUGGCCGAGCCGCCGCACCCGCUGCUGGAAGAGGCCAGGCAUCACCAGGGCAGCGUCGUCCUGCCGGGGAACCGGGCGCUCCUCAACCUCAACCUGACCCACAACCGCAUCACCGAGCGAGGCCUCGGCGCGUUCCUGGCGGCGCUGGAGGGGCAGCAGCGGGAGAAAAAGCCAAAGGUGCCGGGACAGCAGGGGCUGCUGUGCCUGUCCCUGGAGAAGAACCGCAUCCCUCCCACCAGCCCGGCAUUCGCACGGCUCCAGGAGCUGCUGCCGCCGCCGGACCCCCUCCCCAAAGCCCAGGGCCAGGAGGAGGAGCAGGAAUCGGGCGCUUAGCCGGCCCCCGAGGAGCCACCUGCGCGCCGGCGGGCGAAGGAGAGCUCGCUUCUUGGUUUUUGUUUAAAAAGAAAUCAAAAAAAUCAAAAUCUUUACCGUGGAAAGGAAGAAAAUAAACCAGAUUAUACAUCGAA